UCGGGGGCGGGUCGGCGGCAGCCGCGGCGGCUGGCUGGCAGGCAGUUCCGGGCGCGAGGCGACCGUUGGGCUUGGUGGGGUGCGGCGCUCAUGGCUGCAGCCAGCGUGACCCCUCCCAGCUCCCUGGACCUGCUGCAGCCCGGCUUCUCCAAGACCCUCCUGGGGACCAAGCUCGAGGACAAGUACCUGUGCUCAGCCUGCAGGAACGUGCUCCGCAGGCCCUUCCAGGCGCAGUGCGGCCACCGCUACUGCUCCUUCUGCCUGAGCAGCAUCCUGAGCUCCGGGCCCCAGAGCUGCGCCGCCUGCGUGCAGGAGGGCAUUUACGAGGAGGGCGUCUCGAUCCUGGAGAGCAGCUCGGCGUUCCCGGACAAUGCUGCCCGCAGGGAGGUGGAGAGCCUGCCGGCAGUCUGUCCCAGCGAGGGCUGCUCCUGGAAGGGGACCCUGAAGGAGUACGAGAGCUGCCACGAAGGACACUGCCCGUUCAUGCUGACUGAGUGCCCGGCGUGUAAAGGCCUCGUGCGCCUCGGCGAGAAGGAGCACCACCUGGAGCACGAAUGCCCGGAGCGGAGCCUCAGCUGCCGGCACUGCAGGGCGCCCUGCUGCCCAGCCGACAUGAAGGCACACCACCAGAUCUGCCCCAAGUUCCCCCUGACAUGCGAUGGCUGCGGCAAGAAGAAGAUCGCCCGGGAGAAGUUUCAGGACCACGUCCGGACGUGUGGCAGAUGUCGAGUCCCGUGCCGAUUCCACGCCGUCGGCUGCCCUGAGAUGGUGGAGAGUGAGAAGCAGCAGGAGCACGAGGCGCAGCGGCUCCGGGAGCACCUGGCCCUGCUGCUGGGCGUCCUGCUGGAGGCCGGGCGGCCCCCGGGGGACGGCCGCCCGCUCCUCGGCCAGGGCGAGGGCGCCUGGGAGGCCAGCACGCCCUCCAGGGCAGCGGAGCUGCUGCAGAGGUGCGAGGCCCUGGAGCGGAAGACGGCCACCUUUGAGAACAUCGUCUGUGUGCUGAACCGGGAGGUGGAGCGGGUGGCCGUGACGGCCGAGGCCUGCGGCCGGCAGCACCGGCUGGACCAAGACAGGAUCGAGGCCCUGAGCAACAAGGUGCAGCAGCUGGAGAGGAGCAUCGGCCUGAAGGACCUGGCCAUGGCCGACCUGGAGCAGAAGGUCCUGGAGAUGGAGGCGUCCACCUUCGAUGGCGUGUUCAUCUGGAAGAUCUCGGACUUCUCCAGGAAGCGGCAGGAAGCCGUGGCCGGCCGCACACCCGCCAUCUUCUCCCCAGCCUUCUACACCAGCAGGUACGGCUACAAGAUGUGCCUGCGCGCCUACCUCAACGGGGACGGCACCGGGCGCGGCACGCACCUGUCCCUCUUCUUCGUGCUGAUGCGCGGCCCGCACGACGCCCUCCUGCGCUGGCCCUUCAACCAGAAGGUGACCCUGAUGCUGCUGGACCAGAACCACCGCGAGCACGUGAUUGACGCCUUCAGGCCCGACGUGACCUCGUCGUCCUUCCAGAGGCCGGUUAGCGACAUGAACAUCGCCAGCGGCUGCCCGCUCUUCUGCCCCGUCUCCAAGAUGGAGGCCAAGAACUCCUAUGUGCGUGACGACGCCAUCUUCAUCAAAGCCAUCGUGGACCUGACGGGGCUCUAGCCGCCUCUCGCACAGCGGGGCCCCGCGCUGGGUGGGCUCUGCUGAGCUGUCCUGAGGGGCCCGUCCUGAGCGGGGCUGGGCUGAGGGGCUGUGCGUCCCUGCUGGGUGUGCCCCGCAGGCCUGGAGCCCUCAACCUGCAGCAGGGCGGCCGCGGCGAGGAGCCCGGGAGAGGAGGGCCGGCCUCGGGCCUGGCUGCCGCUCGGAGGAGAGCCCUGCUGGGCCAGCCUGACCAGGCUGCACGUGGCGGGUGCCCCGUGUCCCCCACCCUGCGGGGUGUGGGGGUGGGCCCAGCCCUGCCGAGACACGUCAACCUCCCCGUUGGCACAGAGAGGCGAGCUCAGACCCUCGGCGCUCUGCCAAGUGCUGCCCUGGCUCCGGCCUUGGGGGCAGCGACCCUGGCCAUCUCCCGAGUGUCCCGAGGCUCCUGGACACCACGGACCUCGGGGAGGUCAGCUGUUCUCCUGGGAGACUGCUUGCUGGGCGGCUUCCGUCCUUCAGGCCUUGCCAGAGGCUGCCGUGGAGAGCGGGGCCCCCAGGCCUGCAGAGUGCUGGUGGCUUUGUCUUGGGGGGGGGGGGGGGGGCCUGACGUCAUGUCACCACAGGAGCAGCCGUGCCCGCCCUGGGGUCCCCUCGACAGCGGCAGAGCCCAGGCGGCCUGAACAUGGGGUGCACCUGGUGGACCCUGGUGGGGCCUCAGCCCUGGGGGCCCCUGGCCGGGCGCAGGUCCUGGCCGCUGGCUGUCCACACCUGGGACUGGGAGACUCGGGGGCCAGGUCCUCAGAGACCUCGUGACACUGGACACCCUCAGCGUCGUCACCGUCACUUCUCUGGUUCAAGAAGUUAAAACAGCAGAGAAGCAGACAGAGUGAUGAACUGUGAGCCCAGAGUUAACACGUGUACACGUUUUGAAUUAUGUAUUUUAAUUAAAAAGACGUUGCAGAAAA